CUGCCCUCAAUGGUCGAUGGUCUUCCUGAUAUUCCGCCCUUGCUCCCAAUUGACGCGCCGUACACACAAAACUACUGCGAGGAAAACAUCUAUCUUCUCGCUCAGCAAUUCGAGCAGCAAACUCACGUGCGCGAUGUUUGGGACAUCUCCGUCGUAUUCAUCUCGAAUCAUACAAAAUCGGUCGCACUAUGGAUGCAGAAAGCCGCGACAAAUCAUGUCGUUGUAUGGGACUAUCAUGUGAUCUUAAUCCUGCGCUGCAGAAUCUCUGGCACGAGUGCAGGUUCGGCGGAUCGCGAGUGCCAAGCCGACGGCGAUCAUAUCAACACUACUAUUGGCGGAUCCUGGAUCUAUGACUUUGACUCCAAGCUGCCUAUGCCAUGUUCUUCAGGAGACUAUCUCAGUGAAACUUUCGAUCUAAGUGUAACGUUGCCCGAAAGCUACCAUAGUUUGUUCAAAGUCGUUCCUGCGUCCGAAGUCUUGGACUGGUUUGCUUCAGAUCGGUCUCAUAUGAUUUCUCCCAUUACUCACAAUGAUCAGCCGGUCAACCUUGCUCCAGAGACGGAGUCGUCUAGAGCAGAGUAUCGUUCUCCCCCCCCUCCUUAUCCUUUUCUUUGCGGUGCCAAGGCCAAGGAAAAUGGCAUAGGAAACAAUCUGGCAGAUUUUGUUCGCAUGGAUCUUCCUCAGGGGUUUGGAAGUGUUCUAUCUUUGACGAAGUUUAAGAAAUGGUGUUUUUGAACUCAUUCUCUUCGACAGCUACACGUCUCCCUGCUCCAUCUCAAUCUUAUCGCCCGAUUCAUCACAUAAACGAGACUACUGUACAUUGUUGUGCUUACUGGAAAGCCUG